GCUCUCCAUCGAGCUUCAGCCAUAACCCGAGCUCCUGCAUCAGAACCGUGAGCAAGCCCAGAUCACCGUUGGCCCCGAACUUCUGCAUCAGACCCGAUCUCCUGCAUCUCCAGAUCAUCGGCUUCAUCCUUCCCCGGCCGAGCUCCUGCAUCAGACCCGUGAGCAAGGCUUCAUCGGCUUCAUCCUCUCCCCGGCCGCGCAGCUUCACCGGCGCCGCUCCUAAACCGGUCACUCAAGCCUCUAGAUCGACCAACCCACUGAUCUCAAGCCUCCAGAUCGACCAACCCACUCGAAAGCAGAUCAGAUCGGCUUUCUCCUCUCACCGGUGCCGCCCUUGAAGAACCCACUGAUCUCCUUCACUCGCCGGUUUCAGACUCUCCUUCACUUGCCGUUUUCAGAUUCGACCCCAGACUCUGCCUUCAGUUUCCCGUGCACAGCUGCAAGUAUGCAACAGAACAGGCAAUCAAUAGCUGUGUAUUUCACCAAGCUGAAGAAUGUGUGGGCUGAAAUUGAUCAGAAGCGUCCUUGCAAGAUCAAGAAUCAGGAAGAUCUUGUGUGGUACCAGAAGGAGAAGGAACUUGAAAGAGUUCAUGUAUUCUUAAGAGGGCUUGAUGAUAAGCAUAGCAAUGCUAAAGGAGAAUUGCUCAGAAUGACAGACCCUCCUAGUCUAAACAAAGCUUUUACAUACAUCCGCAAGGAUGAGUCUCAGCAGGACAGUAUCAAACAUGCACAGGUUGAAGUGUCUAGCCUAGCCAUUCAAGUAAAAUCACCAGCACCAUUUCUCCAACAGCAGAGAUCAGUCCCACUUUAUCACCAAGGACCUCCACCCGGCUUUCCCAAUCGCCCUCGUCCACAAUGCUCUUAUUGCAAUGAUGUUGGGCAUGUUCGAGCGACUUGUUGGAAAUUGAACCCGCACCUUAAGACUACAAGACAAGGUUAUCAGCGUAAGGCGAAAGCAGCUGCUGUUCAAUUGGUCCAAGAACCCGAUUUCUAUGGGGUGGCUGGACAGGAUCAUCAUAUAGCAGGUGGGGCUACUCCUACAGCAUCUAUAGCUGGUCGUGGUAAGAUUGGGAGUUAAUCGGUCGGGGGUAUUUGAGGGGCAGGUUGUUUCAUCUGGAUCAGACAUA